AUGAGCACUGUCCAAGGAGGCAAGACCGGCGGCAAGGGUGGCAAGGGCGGAAAGGGUGGCAAGGCCGGCGGAGACAACAAGAACCAGUCGACUCGUUCGCAGAAGGCCGGCUUGCAGUUCCCCGUCGGUCGUAUCCACCGUUACCUGAAGGCCCGCACGCAGAACAACAUGCGUGUCGGUGCCAAGGCGGCCGUCUACGCGUCUGCCAUCCUCGAGUACCUCACCGCCGAGGUCCUCGAGCUUGCCGGUAACGCGUCGAAGGACUUGCGCGUCAAGCGUAUCACCCCUCGUCACUUGCAACUCGCCAUCCGUGGAGACGAAGAGCUCGACUCGCUCAUCCGCGCAACCAUUGCGGGCGGUGGUGUCUUGCCUCACAUCCACAAGAACCUGAUCAAGUCGCCUGCCGAGCUCCAGGGCGGACAGAUGCCCAUCGGCAAGCCCAUGAACCCCAUGGGUGCGCCGCAGGUCCACCAGGGCUGA